AUGACUAGUACUAAAAAAAUAGGAACGCUUGUGAUUGUAGCUUUAAAAGCUAGGAAUUUAGCAGCUCGUGAAGUGUUUGGUAAAGGAGAUCCUUAUGCUACAUUUCGUAUAAGCGACAAGGAAGAAAGAAUUCCUGCAGAUAAAAGAGGAGGUCAGCAUCCAAUUUGGGAUAAAGAAGUGCGUUUUGAUAUUCUUGAAACGUCAUCUCAUAAAAAGAUGAUAGUUAAAGUUUAUAAUGAAGAUAAAAGAGAUCCUCAACUUAUUGGUGAUAGAACUAUUGAUCUAAAUGAAGUUUUAACCAAGGGUGAAUGGGAUGAAUGGCAUGAACUUAAAUAUGGUAGUAAAUAUGCAGGAGAAGUUUUUCUUGAAAUGACAUUUUAUGCAGUAGGUGGAGCAGGGAUUCCUCUACAACGAAAAAAACUACCCUCAAGACCAAAAUCUGAAUCGCCUGUUUCAUCGCCGCCACCUGCUUCUUUUAUUGCUCCUGCUGCUGUUGCUUCUACCACGUCAGCGCCAGCUACUUUUGUACCCCCAAAUGCAUAUCCACCUCCAGUAAAUACCAACAAUAGUAACCAAUUUAUUCCUCCAAUAAAUGCCAACAACAGUAACCAAUAUCCACCUCCAGUCAACAAUAAUAACCAAUAUCCACCUCCAAUCAAUGCCAACAACAGUAACCAAUAUCCACUUUCAAUCAAUAAUAGUAACCAAUAUCCACCUCCAAUCAAUGCCAACAACAGUAACCAAUAUCCACCUCCACUUUCAGUCAAUAAUAGUGGUCAAUUCAAUAGCAUUCCUCCAAUAAAUAACAACAAUAGUGGUCAAUUAAAUAGCAUUCCUCCAAUCAAUAACAACAAUAGUGGUCAAUAUGCUCAAAUCGUAAACCCAACAGCCUAUCCACCUCAAAAUAUUUAUCCACCAAUUAACCCAUUAAUGUCACCACAACAAAAUUCAGCAAGCUUUUUUCCGCCACCACCUAUUCAACAAGGUUAUCCUCCAUCAAAUAAUAAUUUUGGUGGUGGAUAUCCUUUAGUUUCUUCACUACCACCUUCAAAUGAUCCAUCAUUAUCUGUAUCAUUUCCUAUUCCUAUUCCUACUCCUACUCCAAGUGUUAGUGUUCCAAACUAUGCAUAUCCACCGCAAAAUAAUUUAGGAUCAGUUCCUGAUCUAUUUUCUUUAAAUAAUACUAUUACAUAUGAAAAUAACAAAUCUGGACAAGAGUUAUUAAAAUCAAUAUCUGAAUCUAUUGAACUAGUUAUUUGGAAUGAAUUGAAAAAUUGUAGAGCAUUUGGAGUUAUGGUUGAUGAAAGUACUGAUAUUUCCACAAAUCCACAUUUUAUUAUAUAUGUUAAGUAUUGUUAUAAUGGAAUUGUUAAAGCUACAUUACAAAAAAUACAACAUGAAUAUUUAGAAGACAGCCCUAGGUUAGGAUAUAAUUUAAGUGGAUUUUUAACAAACACUUCAUCAACAUCUAAUCUUUACAUUGGAAACCACAAGCUUACUUUUAAUAAUGGUUAUGAGGAUGAUUUAAUGGUAGACAUUUGUGAAUUUGCAUCAUCAAUAAUCAUAGAAAUUAAGGAAAGAUUUCCAAAUCCAAAAUUAUUAUCUGCAAUGAAAAUUCUUAAUCCUCAAGAAUGGCCAAAAGACAAGGAAUCUUUAAUGUUUUAUGGUGAAUUAGAAUUGGAAGAAUUAGUUUCAGUUUAUGGGAAAAAGUAUUUACCAGAUUAUCCUUUAGGUCUUAUAGAUUCUGUUGCUGUUCAAGAAGAAUGGUUUGGGUUUAAAAUAGUAGUACAUUCAAAUUAUCAAGAUUUAGCUAUAGAUGAUUUAUUUCCUUUAUUAUAUGAUAAUUAUUUAGAUAGACUUUUCAUAUAUAUUAAGAUAUAUUCUUAUUUAUUAACUUUUGAUGAUAAGUUUAUAUCUACUUCAUCAACAAUGAUGAUACCAAUACCACCAAUUGUAAAAAUGGAUGAGGCUGAAGAAAAUGAUAAUGUUGCAGGACCUGUUUCUUCAAUGAUGGAUUUAUAA